AAACAAAGAACGACCAAUCGCUUCAAAUUUAGAGAAAGCUAGACGAGAAGAAGGGACGGUGGCACUGACCGAGCAGUUAGCAGCUGCUUAGGGACUUCCGAAAUGGUUGAAAGCAAAGGAGACACGAGUAACAUGACCAUACAUCUGUCGGUCAUAUAUUAAAUGGGCUUAAGGGGGAAAAACGAUUUAAACGACCAAUGUUUAUGGCAAGAAAAUUAGGAUGGCCCCCACUGAUGCUUUCCCACGCGCUUUGUUUCUUGUUUUAGUCACUCACUAAAAGUGCCAGAUUUCCUGAGCAAAACAAGACAAACGUGUUAUUAUUGAUUUGGGUGGUAAGGUGUUUGUUGGAAUCUAAUCUAAUCAAAAGAUGAUCAAUUUUCCAAUUUUCUUUGGGCAUGCGCCGACCGUCCAAUGGCACUGUCCAAUUCUGAAACCUUCAUUAAUUAAUUAAAACCUUUUUUUUUUUUUUUCUUUUUUUCCUCUUUAACAUGUAAGCCUACUAACUUCGAAUUAACUUCUUGUAUCGUAUUUGUACGUCUCUUCCUCGAGAGAGAAUCUUCGUGCUCUGAGAAAAUGUCUACUAGUCAAGGAUUUGGUUACUGGGUUCGAUGGCAAGUUCCAGUCUGUGCUCUCAUCUUCAUCGUCCCGGCCGUCAUAGCUCUCAACUUCAUCAGGAAAGGGAACGCCGAGCCUCUCAAAUCCUGUGUCUUGUGGAAACCAUGCUGGAGAAACCUCAAUCCUCUUUGGCUUCUGUUUUAUAGAGCUUUCGCCUGUCUUUGCUUGGCUUGGACUCUCUAUUCCAUGGUUUCGUCACAUGGAGCAUUUGUCUUGUAUUAUUUCUACACUCAGUGGACUUUGGCACUAGUCAUGUGCUACUUUGCGCUAGGGACUGUUAUAUCCGCCUACGGAUGUUGCGGAUCCUCAAGCUCAAUUACCAACAGGGACAAAGAAUUCAAGGGCAAAUCCAAGAGACUGGGCCCUCUUGCUCAAAAGGAGAUCCUUGCGGGUCCUUGGGGAUAUCUAAUGCACGCUAUGUAUCAGACUUCCGGAGCAGCUUCUAUCCUGACAGACAUAGUAUUUUGGUGUGUUUUAGUCCCAUUGCUAGUAAAUGUGCAAUUUGAACUGACCCUGUUGAUAGGUGCCCUGCAUAGUUUGAAUGCACUUCUGCUUAUCGGAGACACUGCUCUCAAUGGUCUGACAUUCACAUGGGUUGGAUUUGCCUAUUUUGUGCUGUGGAGCUGCCUCUAUAUCAGCUUCCAAUGGAUCAUUCACGCCUUUGGUUCUUCAACAGGAAGCUCUUCCAGGUGGCCCUAUCCUUUUCUCGAACUUGAUACACCCUGGGCACCCCUAUGUUAUUUUGGGUUGGCUCUGUUUCACGUUCCCUGUUAUUGGAUAUAUGCAUUGAUCGUGAAAGGCAAAGAUUCUAUUCUCUCCAGAUUGUUUCCCCAUGCAUUCGUGAAGGUGUAGAAUGAAGACCGAAAGUGGGUUUUGAAUUUAUCCAGGGACGUAGAAUUGCUUUCGUUCAAUUCCCACAAGGAUUUUGGUUGCAUGUGUCCCGGAGACCAUUGUAGCACGUGGUAGGAAAUAUUUGAUAAGUUGUAAUACAACGACUUUCGAAUGGUGGUGCUGGUAAAGGGUUUCAAAAUUAUGAAUCAUUUACCAAAUCCCAUGCCCAUAAGUAAACCACUUAUAAUUAUAGCUAAGUAUGUAAUUUCAAUCUUUCUUAAUGUCACACUGGUGGAACACAAGGAUAUCUUGACGAAUCUCAAAUACAAGCACGAAUCUUACUUCAAA